CUUACUUUGGCAUAAUAUCUCAUUUUAUCCCUAGUUGACCACUGGAGAUUGUUCAAAUUAUUUAGCAACCUUCCAUGAUUUUGAAUUAUAAUAUUUAUUGUUUUCAGGCCCAUUUACCAUAGAUUUAGUAAAAAAAGAUAGAGACAACUGAGGGAUGACUUCAUGAGGGCUAAGAAGAAGGUAACUGCGUAUGUACCAAGUGGUGCUGGUGCUGCUGAUGUACCUCCAAAGCCCACCUUUAAGUAUUAUGACUUAAUGAAGUUUCUGGAUGAAACUAAUGAAAAUACAAUGACUAUUUCCAAUGCAAGCUUGCCCUGCUCGUCUUCAUCAUCAGUGUCUCAAGAGUUCCAAUCUACAGAAGUUCCUGUGGCAACAAAUGUUUCACAACUCCAUUUACAAGUCCUCCACCUUACUUCAAGAAAUAAAAGAAAGAGGAGGUUCUGUUUCUGGAAAACAGGACGUAGAAAUCCAGAAGGAAAUACUUAAAGUCCUAGGAAGCUCAGAAGGGAAUAAACCAGAUGGGGUUGAUGGUUUUGUAGUUCUCAUGGGAGAGGGGUUAAGGAAGUUACCGUUAAGAAACAGAAACCGCCUUUAAAUCAAAUUUCUUCAGAUACUAGAAGAGGAGGAG